UCUUCCAUUUCAUUUCUCAACUUUCAACUCUCACUCUCUCUCUCUCUCUCUCUCUCUCUCUUUUAGUCUCUUCGUUCUUCUCUCAAAAUCAGAAAAAAUAAAAAAAAUCGAAAAAUCAAAUAAAAUUAAGAGAAGAUUGUACAACAAACUUUAAGUGAAGGAAUUGAUGUCUUCCUAUAUUGCUGAACCAGUUUGUCUCAACUCUGAUGAAGAGUUGGACUCUGCUUGUGUCAAAAACGAGACUAAAGACAAGAAAAAGGGUGUUGUACUUCUUACAGGUUAGAUUGUUGUUAAAGCGUGAAAUGAAAAGUAAGGAUCAUUUCAUGAGAUCAAUGGCUGCUAAGAUGUAUGAGAAAUUUGAUAAAUAUUGGUCCACUUUUAGAACUUUCAUGGCUGUUGCGGUGGUGUUGGAUCCACGUAGUAAGUUGGAAUUUGUUGAGUGGGGUUGUAAAAAGGUUUAUGGCUUGACUCAAGAGCAUGAUGAUGUCCUUACACAAGUGGUUGGUAAGGUUAGGGAAUUAUAUGAGGCAUAUGCUACCAUUUGUACUUCAAGUAGUACUACUAAUGCAAGUAAUGUUGUUGCUGGUUCGAAGGUUCAACCCAUCAAAGAAGAUCUUGACGAACUCAUGGAUGUAAGUUUAAUUGUCUAACUAAUAAGUAUUAUUCCAUUACGUAUUUAUGUUGUUGCUUUAACUUGUUUAAUGUUGCUAAUAAUGGCUUGUUUAAUUUGUAUAGCCCUCUGAAUUCUGAAAUGUUACACUAAUUUUGAACUUGGUCUAUUGAAUUUGUAUAGUCAGUUGUAUACUUGUAUAGUCCUCUGAAUUUUGCUGCGUGAUUUUACUGUUAUGCAUGCACUGUAAGGCAGAUUAUAGAAUCUAAGGGUCUGCAGGACUACUUUAAGGAAAAGGAAAAGCAAGAGUCUAAGGGUCUGCAUAAGUCUCUUUCAUUUUUAUCUUUUCUUUCUUUUUCUUCCAAACUUGUAUAGCCCUCUGAAUUCUUCCAAACUUGAUCUACUGCUUUGUUUCUUCGAUGUUGCUGCCAAUGAUUUUAAUUUGUCAAAUUGUUCACACUAAUGCAAUUCUUGUAUGACAUAUUAUAGAAUCUUUUUUUUUUUGUUUUCUGUAAUUCUUGUAAUCCUUAGCACUCCUUAAUUCCUUAUAUAGUUAUAUGUGCUUGGUCUGAAAUGUCACACUAAUUUGUUUCUUCAUUGGCACUCCAUUUUCUUUCUUUGAUGCUUCUACAAUUUUAGAGAACAUUCAGGUUAUGUUCUCCACUUUUAAUGGAAGUGGUUCUAAGAAAUGAGAAAACAUUGAACUUUGCUCUUGAUUGUGAACUUUGAACUUUGUUCUUGGUUGUGAUUUGUGAACUUUGAACUUUAAUUUAUUUUGUGGUUUGUAAAAAUUAAUAUGGGAUGCAUUUGAAUUUA